AUGGAUACACGCCCGAAGAUUGAGCCAGCCAAGCCCAAGCGGGUCUUGUCUGUCACCUUCAACGAGGACAAGUCCUGUUUCGCCGUCGGGCUCGAGACCGGAUUCAUGGUCCUGAGGACAGAGCAAGGCACUUCUAUGCUGAAGAAAGAUCUCGCUGCUGGAAUCGGUCUCGCGCAGAUGAUGGGAGUUUCUAAUGUCAUCGCUAUUGUUGGAGGAGGGCGUCGACCUAAGUUUGCCUCUCACAAGGUGAUCCUUUGGGACGAGGCCAAGCAGAGAGCCAGCAUUGAAAUCAAUGCUGUCAGUUCUAUCCGCGCAGUCAAGGUUGCUGUUGGAAAAGUCGUCAUCGCACUCCAAAACAGCGUUCGGAUUUAUAAGCUACGUACGGGCGAUCUUCUUAUGGCGUAUGAGACUGCAGACAACCUGAAUGGUCUUGUCUGCCUCUCCCAGAAGCAAGUUGCGUUUCCCGGCCGCACGCCCGGCCAAAUCCAGAUUGUUGAGCUCAGCACUGGCAAUGUGAGCAUCAUUCCGGCUCACGACACCCCUCUGCGUGCUCUGUCAUUUAGCCCAGACGGCCAGCUGCUUGCUUCGGCGAGCGACAAGGGAACUAUCAUCCGCGUCUACAGCACCUAUAACUGUGCGCUGGUCUGCGAAGUCCGCCGCGGUAUGGACCACGCCACGAUUUACGAUCUCUGUUUCAGCCCCUCUGGUACCUUGCUCGCCAGUACCUCCGACAAGGGCACACUGCACAUCUUUGAUGUUCCUCAUCCGGGCGCCAAGUCUGACUUUGCACCUCUCAGCCCCAUCACCGCCCCCACCAUGUCUGGUAGCCGGCCUGGUAGUUCCGGUGGCGCCGGUCAGUCGAAUGGCAAUGAUGGCAAGGGCAAGUGGGGUUGGCUGUCCCAGGUCCCCGGCCUGCCUCGUGUGUUCUCAGACACCUACUCCUUCACUUCUAUCCCCUUCAGCACGGAUGAGCCUGCAGGGAAUUUCGCCGCUGCCGCAGAUGGAGCCACUCUCGGCACGACCAAGGCCCAGAAGGGCCUCAUUGGCUGGUAUGACGAGGAGAGCCUGGUGGUCGUUGGAGCUGGUCUUGAUGCUCGCUGGGAAAAGUUCCAGAUGGCUCGAGAUGAUACUGGCAAGCGCUUUGUUGGCCGUGUUGGGUUCAAGCACUACUAUAAUGAGCCUUGA